AUGCACCCCUUUGCUUCGUACGUGUUACGCAGCUACUACAAAGCCACAGGAUGGAACGAAGAUAACCUCUAUGCCAAUAUAACACGUUCCUCGAGUGCUCUGUUAGAUUUCUCAGUUCCUCAUGGACUUCAUUUCUCUGUUUCCAAAGCGCCUAACGCCCUCUUCAAAACAACAUAUGCCAUGACGGCUAUGCCUUCCCUGCAGGGCUCUGUUGGGUACAUAUUCACCUCCUGCGAUCUUAACGUAAAGUCCUCAGGAAAUGUCCGAUUUAAGGACAUGAUAGAACGCUUCAAAGUGUAUGACCAACCACGGAGGCCAGAACCAAAAGCAGAAGAAUGGCUUGCAGGAGAAAAUGUAGCGACUCGAGAUUACUUACUGUAUGGCCGCUUUUUUCUGCCGACUGGACGGCUUGACGCACUAUAUUCAACGAGACUCUCCCCGACAAUACAAGCAUCUAUCUCUGCCAUAUCGGAUCCUCCCUCGAGUGAGUAUCCAGAGCUGCGGGGGCCACGUGCGGAUUUAAGUAAUGUUAUGAUCAACGUGCAGCAUGAUGUCGGGAAAUGGUGCACCGAAUAUACAUGGAGUGCAGAGGACGAGAUGUGGGGUAUCAGGAUGCUGCAUAAUUUUGGAAAGCUAGGCCUGUCGACCGAAUCACCAUCGGAUGAGGUUAUUGCCAAGAGACGGGGCAUGAAGCGCGUGGAUGAAGAGGAUGCGGUCGAAGGCGGACUCAAAGGCAGAGUAUCUGUCGGUGCUGAAAUUUACUUCAGUGCAAAGGAGCGAAGUGCUGGCGUAUCUACGGGCAUUCGCUUCACGACAUUACCCGACGCAACCCCUCCAUCGUUCCAGGUACCCGUUACUGGCCCCAACACCGAUACAUCAACGAACACACCCCGUGCACCGCCCUCUCAGCCUCCUACGACCAUAACUGCCCUCUUCAACCCCAUGCUAGGACACAUGUCUGGCGCAUACACGGCGCGUGUAUCCCGCGACCUAGCAUUAUCUUCACGGUUCGACUUUAAUGUCUACAGCUUUGAAAGUGAGUGGGCUAUGGGUGUGGAGUGGUGGUUGAGGCGCCCGCCUACUUCUCCAUCAGAUGAGGAUGGUUUGGAUACUGCUGCUUCCUACCAAGAACCACCUUCCAUCCAUUCAACAGAUGUUCAUGGCGUUGUAAAAGCACGGGCUUCGACCAAUAAUGACGUCUCUCUUAUGUGGGAAGGUAGACUACGGAAUAUGUUGGUUAGUCUCGGAGUAGUGUCAGAUUUUUCAAGUCGGUCGAAGCCCAUCAAAGCACUAGGCCUCGAAGUUGCGUUUUUUAGCUCUGAAGAAUAA